AUGGAUUCGCCAAAUUCUCUAAAUCCGUACGACAAUAUGAGUCUAGAUGAUAUCAUAAUAGCAGAGUGUACUGAUGAGUAUGCUGAUCAAUGUAUCAAAGAUUUCAUGGAUGGGGGUAGCUCAACAAGGCAAGGAAGAAAGAGAGCUCACAUUGAUAGGGGUCAUUUAGAAGGACACCAAUGUUUUUUCGAUGACUACUUUUCUGAUGAACUGGUGUAUACAAAAUGUCAAUUUCGAAGAAUAUUUAGAAUGCGUAGACACGUAUUCCUACGCAUAGUGCAAGCUCUAGAAAAUCAUUCGGAGUAUUUCCAGAUGAGGUUUAAUGUAGUCGGUAGAAGGGGGCAUUCGCCAUUACAAAAGUGCAUCACUGCUAUGCGAAUGUUGCCGUACGGAGUGCCUGUCGAUUACGUUGAUGAGUAUGUUCGAAUUGGUUAA